UACUCCACAUGUCUCAUUGUCCUGACUGGAGGAGACAGAGGUGAAGUUUGCUUUACUCUCCCCAACAUUUCUGAUGGAUUUCUGACGUUUAGUGGGUUUUCUGCUUGUUUCUCAGUGGAAUGCAAUCUCUGAGCUGCAGGGGUUAAUUCCUCUACAGGAGCUCUCCGCCCUCUUAGGGGAAGAGACUUUUCCACUUUCAGUUCCUGCUCCUCGUACCACAAUGGCGUCUGCUGAUCUGAGGGCCGAGCUGGACUGCUCCAUCUGCCUGAGCCUCUAUACAGAUCCUGUAUCCCUGAGAUGUGGACACUACUUCUGCCGCUCGUGUAUUGUGAGUGCGCUGGAUGCACAGAAGGCAGCUGGAGUGUAUUCCUGUCCUGACUGCAGAGCAGAAUAUCCGGGGCGUCCGGCCCUGGAGAAGAACAGGAAGCUGAGGAACAUAGUGGAGCAUUUCUUAUCUGCUCAGCCUGACAUGAAAGAGACCGGGAUCUUCUGUACUUACUGUACUAAGUCUCCUGUACCGGCUGUGAGGACAUGUCUGCAGUGUGAGACCUCCAUGUGCCAUGAACAUCUCGGAGCCCAUAACAAGUCAGUGGAUCACAGUCUGAUUGAACCUACUGUCUUGUUUCUACACAGAAAAUGCUCCACACACAAGGAGGUGCUGAAAUACUAUUGUCCGAUGGACGCCGCCUGUAUCUGUGUGUCCUGCUGGGUGGCCGGAGACCACAAGGGACAUGAUGUGCAGCUACUGGACGUGGCCUCUGAGAAGGAGAAAGAGAAGCUGAGGAAAUAUCUGGAGGAACUAAACCCACAAAAAGCAGAAAUUCAGACUAAACUUCAGAAUCUGCAGGAUCGUCAGAGGAAUAUCCAGGAGAAGGCCUCUGAUAAGAGGAAGAACGUCAGGAAGUUAUUUAUGGACAUUAAGGAACAACUGGAAAUGGCAGAAAAGAAAGCGCUGAGCGAGAUCUCCAGGCAGGAGGAGAAGAUUGUGUCCCAGAUAUCUGAUCUGAUCAAGAAGCUGGAAAUAGAGGAGGACGAGCUGUCCAGGAAGAUGCGUCACGUGGAGGAGAUGUGUCAUGUUACCGACCUAAUAAGACUCCUACAAGAAGGUGACAUUACAGUAUGUGGUCAUGGAGAUGAUGAGGACACAGGGGGAGAUGGUGGAGAGGGCAGGUCUGAGGAUGAUCUGGAUGAGGUUCUGAUCUCACUGACCUUACACCGAUCUAUGAGGGAUAUUGUCACCAAUGUCACAUCAGAGCUCGGGCUUCAUGUUCCAGACAUAUUGCUGGAUGAGGACACUGCUCAUAGAUCUGUGAAGAUAUCAGAAGAUCUGAAAACAGCAACAGAAACAGAAGAAGAACAGAACAGACCAGAAUCACCAGGAAGGUUCCUAGAUUGUGCCCAGGUGUUAAGCAGAUGUGGCCUCUCCUCAGGAAGACAUUACUGGGAGGUAGAGUGGGACCAGAAAGGAGAAUGUUACAUCGCACUGUCCUAUCCCAGUAUAGUAAGGGAAGGAUGGCAGUCUGGUAUUGGAUGUAAUGAUAAAUCUUGGUGUCUGGAUAUGUCUGGUGCAGGAUGUGCAGUGCGUCAUCGCUCAGUCAGAUCCCCCCUCAAUGUAGGUAGAAGAUGUCCUAGACUUGGGGUCUUCUUAGACUAUGAGGCCGGGCGUCUGUCCUUCUAUCAGCUGUGUGACCCCAUCAGACACUUGCACACCUUCACCGCCUCCUUCUCUGAACCCCUACAUGUUCUCUUCUGUGUGUGGGAUGAAGCCUCUGUUAGAAUAAUAAGCUGAGGCCGAUGCGUCCACGUCCCGUUAUAAUCUCCGCCUAUAAGUCACUAUAUAGCGCUGUAUGGGCGGAGCCUCCGAUCACACAAUGUAUAUGGCGGCUCUAUGGGGGGGGUUACUGUACGAUUAUUUUAUAUUCCUUGGAGAUCAGAUCCAGAAUCGAUGCUUGAGACAAAGGAAAAGUUAUGUUGUUUGCACACGAGUUCGGGUGAACGCACAUCAGACCCGCAGCGUAUCCGCACCAAUACCUGCAAUGUGUGAUUACGGUUUUUGGUGCGGAUAAGAUGCGGUUUUUCACUGAAAAGGGUGAAAUCCGCAGAUAAAACCACAAACAUAACUGACAGGCUGCAGAUCUGGGAAUCCGCACGGAAAUAAUCGGCGAAGUGUACGUGAUCGGGGUAAUCUCAUACACUUUGCUGGUGCUGUAAUUCGUUACGGUUUUUCCACAUGGGAAUUCGCCUGGAAAGACUGAGCGUAUUCCGCAACGUGCGCAGAUGGCCUUCGGGUACAAGCGCACGCUGCGUAUUACCUGCUGGUUUUCCAGAGUGAAAUAAUACCGCCUAAGCAGAUGGGAUUCCCAGUAUCUCAUCUACACGGAGCGGAAGUUUCCUACGUCAGGAGUGACCUGCGGAGCGGAUCCGGAGAUCUGCGGCCGGUGGAUCGUCCGUGCGGAUUUCUCCCUUUACAAUGCAGAGGGGAGAUCUGGGGAAAUCCGUGUCAGGAUCUGCAGGUAACAGGUGUGGAUCCUGGAGCGGAGAUACACCGCCGAGUGCACGUACCUCAUGGGGGCAUCAUUAACCCUUCCCCGUCCUCCACUGAUGUCGCUGUAGGGGCUUCUUUAUGUUUCUGGGACACAUUUGGGGAACAUAUAAUUAUUAAUCUGCUUUUCCUAUUUCUGUAGAGAUGUGACAAUGUGACGCUUCUUUCCGCACUAUACGUGGCAUUUGUUGUGUUUUUUCCCUUUUUAUGGAAUAAAUGUCUGACUACUUCUGUCCAUCAGAGUUGUCGGUCCUGUCAUCUGGGUGUCUGUGGUCUCCUCCGCCAUCAUGUCUGUUAUAACCGCAGGUAAUGAGUUCUGCAAUACACUGGAUCUGUACAGCGCCACCUGCUGUUCUCUUCCUUAUCUUUGGCCGGUCGCGCUGAGCUGGUCGCACGCGCUCAGUUUAAGGCGACGUCUACGCGAUGAGGUGUCUUGGUCCCAACUCUAUACAUUGUGUUAGUGUGAGAACAUACCGCGCGCUCCGUAUUGUGCCGCCUAUAGAGCUCCAAUUGUUGUGCUCGCCACCUGGACUCAGCAGUAACUAUCCCAUGUAAUGGUCGCCUUCCCUGCGGUGCAGCAUGUCGGACCGCGCCCGCGCUACGUUACUGUCGGCCGCACUUCGCCAUGUCUAGUGAUUAAUACCGUACGGUUUUCAUGCAAACAUUCUGUUCUGUUGUUAGCAGCAUUAUAUGGCGGUGUAUGUGGCUCGGGGUGCGGCUUUCUAAUACUUCCCUCUCUGUGUCGCUGAACUAUUGUAGAGCAGCCGCGCAGCGACCGCCUCACGUCCUGGAGGCACGAGGUUCCUGGCGCCUGUCAGUGUAACUGACGCUUUUCUUCCCUGGAGGGUUUUAUUUUGUGCUUCUCAUUUUCAUUUUUCUUUUUUUCUGUUUGUCGUCCUGCGGAAAAGUGUUAGGAAUACGCUAUACCUGCCGUUACUUCCUGUAUGUAGCAGAGCUGUAUGUCUGUGUAGAUGAGCAGUGUAUGCAGCAGAGCUGUAUGUCUGUGUAUAUGAGAAGUGUAUGUAGCAGAGCUGCGUGUCUGUGUAGUUGAGCAGUGUAUGCAGCAGAGCCGUAUGUCUGUGUAGAUGAGCAGUGUAUGCAGCAGAGCUGUAUGUCUGUGUAGUUGAGCAGUGUAUGUAGCAGAGCGUAUCUUUGCCCCUAUACUCACCUGGCAUUUGGAUAGCAGGCGGAACCCAAUUUGUGUGUCCACUCCUGCUAAUCCAAACCAUCUGCGAGUGCCAGGAAGUUCAGCUAUGUAAGUAUGUAGCCAUUCAGCAACUAAUGUGUCAUGAGUAAGGAUCAGUAUUAGAGCAUCCGAAACAUGCCGACCUGCUCGCCGUGUUGGAUUGUUUUUAUCCUGUGUUAUUUUGGAAUAAAGAACGUCUUUUUUGGAAGCUUGAAAUCCGGUCUUAUUUUUGCAUAGUUUGAAACUGGUGCCUUUUCCAAGCACAGUCCGUGCUUCCAUCGCAAGACUGACCAGUAGAGAUGUCCCGAACUAUUCGCCGGCGA